CAUACAUAAUUCAACGGAGAAAAAUACCAUAACAGACGUCAAAGUCUAGUCAAACAGUAGAUGAUUAAUUGUUACAACUAACGACCGUCAAUGCUGAACACUAAAAUUUGAAAUUAACAUCCGACAAACGACUUACAAUCCCCCGAAACGAUCAGGAAUUAAAUGCAGUGUAAGGAAACCGGCCAUUAAACUCGUCGUUCACUAGAAACAAUCAAUUAUUAUUUGAUUAACUCCUCAAUAAUAAAAAAUAUAUCACAUUCAGCUACUCACGAAUUACAACUGUUGUACCAUUGCUAGCAGUUCGUAUAGUUGAAUUUCCAGCUGCGAAUCGUGUACACAAAUCUUUUACGGAGUUCCUAUACGCACACCGACUUUCGCACGCAACAGAAUUCACCAAUAGGAAGCAGCCUUUCCCUAGUACUGCUCUAUCAGUUGAAACAUCUGAAAGACGAGGGAAUAACCCUUCAUUCGUGAUCCUUAGUUGCGUCUCGAGGCCAUGACAUGGUCAUCUGUCAUUUGUUAUGGAUUCGUCAAGGAAAAUUUUCAUAUAAAUUGCUUUAAGAAAAAUGUCGUAGAUGAUUUAAUAAAGUUUACAAGUGCUGAACAGGUGUCUGAUAUUAUGAAAUGCUGAUGAGUUGCCGUCCAAAUGUGCAUGGUGCUACUUCAACAGCACAAGGUGGGCACAACAAUCCAAAACCUCACCACAUAAUUGGCAUCUUAUACUUAUACUGAUUAUUUGUAUCAAUUAAUUCGUCAUAUGGACAGGAUACAUUUACUGCCAAUGGAAUUACCAUCCGCCGCAGUGAUAAAUCCAGCCCACAAUGUGCGAGGGAAAAUGUCCUUCAUCCGUCGUUUGGGCCUUGGGUGCAUCAUCUUAGCUUUCUUGGGUCUUCUAUACGUUCCAGCAUAUCAUUCAGCGCAAGGACCACUAGGAAUAGGUGAGACAACAUCCUCAGGACCUUCGAAGCUUUCACGCUAUCUAAAACCCGUAGAGGAAUUACAUGGAUGGUCGUUUAAUGCAUCAAGAAAUUUGAACUGGUAUAUCCAUCCACACAUCAACACGACAAUACUCAGUCCAAAUGACAGCUGCACUGUGUCGCCAUCGCCAUACCUUUUAAUUGUCGUGUGCUCAGCAGUUGGCAAUCAGCAACAAAGAAUGGCCAUUAGAGACACUUGGGCCAGUGAGACAGAUCUGAAUUCUUACAAUUCGACAGCUAUUAAAGUUGUGUUCCUCCUCGGACAAAGUGACAAUGAAACACUCAACAAUUCAAUUUUAGAAGAGAGUCAUGAGUAUGGAGACAUAGUUCAAGAAAAAUUCAUCGACACUUACAACAAUUUGACGAUAAAAUCAGUAAUGCUGUUGAAGUGGGUAACCACAAAUUGUCCACAGGCCACUUACCUCAUGAAAACUGAUGAUGACAUGUAUAUAAAUAUUGACAACCUCGUCAAAGCCCUGAAGUCAAGACCGCAGAGUAGUGGUACUCUCAUUGGAGCAUUGAUUUGCCAUGCACGUCCCAUAUUGGAUCCAAAAAAUAAAUGGUACACUCCAAAAUACAUGUUCUCGGAGAAAAUGUAUCCCAACUAUUUAUCAGGCACUGGUUACGUAAUGAGUGUGGAUGUUGCCUCAAAAUUGUAUCAAUCAGCACUCUCCACUCCACUCCUUCACCUUGAGGAUGUUUACAUAACAGGACUAUGUGCAGGACGUGCAGAAUUGAAGCCUGUCGAUCAUCCUGGUUUCAGUUAUGUACAACGUAAAUUGGAUACUUGUACAUUGAGGAGUGUUAUUACCGCACACAAAGUUGAUACUUCCACAAUGCAUGCCAUAUGGAAUAAACUAAAAAAUAGCAAUACAACGUGUCGAGAGAAGAACGCCACUGUGCAGCACAGACAUGGCCGAAAUGUUGGAUACUUUCCAGUGAAAAAAAGGGCUUCUAGUAAGCAUUGUGGGUGAAUGUAAUGAACAAAUCUACAAAGUCUUCUGAAUUCCAGUACGUCCGCUCAGUUCUCGAUGAACAAAAAAAAUGGUCGUGUAUAUAGUAACUACGUUGCAAGCCAAUAUUUGUUUUUGUAUUUUUUUUCCAUUGUCAAAGAACAGGUCAGAGUGAUCAAAAACGAGAAGAUAACAUAUUUUCUAUUCAAGAGAAUGGUAUUUUUCAUCUUACGAUAGGAUAAAUAACGAAUGGUCAAUUAGUUAUUAGAUUUUACGUAUAACAUAAUUAGUGACCAGUGACUGUGCUGAAAAGGCAGUGGAGAUGGUCAGUGAAGAUUCCAUUAUUUCUGCCAGUAUUUUUUGCCUUGUCAGAGCAAAAGAGUUUAGUGAUAGAUAGGCAUGAAAAUAACUGCAGUGAAGUAGCUAGGAAUAAAUUGAUUGGGAUGCCAGAGGCCUCCCCCUAAUUCGACUUAGGAAUAUUUUUACCCGACAAGUAAUUGAUAUAGAGGACAUUAUUUUUUCUAGCUUAUCAGUCAGUCAUCAACUGGACGAUUGGUGAUUACAUUGUAUAAUAUAGAUUGAUCUAAAAUGGACGUGUCAUUGGUGCUGUUUAAAAUUCGGAAAAACAUAAAAUGUAGCAGUCUCAGUCUGAACAAAUAGCUUGCGCUUCCAUCCAAAGACAUGACGAGCUUCUACAUCACUUUUUCAACUCAAAAUGUUGAACGUUUGAGUAGUAAAAAUAGUGAACGGCUCUAAGUAAGUUUAGCUCUUAGCUGAAUUUUACGAAAAUAUCUCUCAAUUGAAGUCUAUUCUUUUCUGUGGCAUUACUUUCUUUCUAUCCAUCACAUUUGAAGAUAAUCCUUGAAAAUUCAGCUACGAGAUAGACCGACUUGUUGUCAGCACUUUGCUACUGCUUUAUUUUAAAACCGAUUAGACAAGUUUGAGAAAAUACGAGAAAUGUAUUUGACAGCUGUGCGCCGAGAUUUGUGAUGCAUUUAUUGGAUUGUGUAUAUCUUUUGUAUAAUUAAAGAGCAAUUAAAUUUUUUGUACAUAAAAA